CGAUUGCGACUGGUUGGCCGUGGUGCCCUUCGAUUCCGCUCGCUCCGUUUGACACUCCACGACGGGGAUGCAUGCGCGCGUGUGCGCACUUCCUUCUCUCGCUCGUCACAUCCUAGCUAGAAGCAUAUCCCUAUCCAUCCAUCUCUUCUAGGAUGCGCUGCUGCACGACGACGACGGGUUCUUACCCAGCCAGCCAGCUAGCGACGACGAGUAGCAUGCCUAAAAACAACAUCGUGCAGCAGUAGCAUCAACGCAUUAAAACCUUGUUUGCGUUUCUCCGCUGCCUACCGCACCCCAGCCUAGGAAGAGGGGCAAGGAUGCAAUAUCCUUUAAAUCGAGACCCAGUGCACAAGGACCAACCUCAGCAUGGCAUGCAGUUUCAUUUCACGUUUUGCCGUCGCUUCGAAAGGUCGUCGGUCGGUUUGUAGUGGCAUAUCUAGUUGCAAUCAUUCUUAUCGAGUUUCGAAGUUUUGUCGUGAUUCAGAAAGUGUUGUACUGUAAUUUGUGAAAGAGUGAGAUGAAAAAAAAAGAUAAAUUGAAAUCGUGCUAGUGUAUGUUUAAAGCAACUUUUUUGAGUUAUUCAACAUGCUGAACUUGCAGUGCUUUACAAUUUCAAUCGUACGUGAGGUGCUUUCAAACUAAACAGAAGAUUCUUCAGAAGUUUCGUUAAACUCAGCACGCUGUUUCAAAACCUGGCUCAAAAAAAUUGAACCAUCACGAGUGAGAGACCUUCCAAGGGCAACGAGGAAUUAAAUUCGAAAACCGUCUAAUUGAUUGCUUUGUCAACAAGCCAGAGUGAACCGUAUAGAUUGCCAUUUGUCCCUCCUGGGCUCGAAUCCCGACAAAAAAAAAACCUAUCAUCGAAUUAGCAACAAUAAUAGAUAUAACUUCAAACGGUUUUGCCAAGGGAGAACAUCGAGACAAUCCGGAAGACGAAAUACGAAACCGCACUUGAGUGCCAGUGGGUCAAAGAAGAGGAAGAUAGACAUUAGGCAGAAGUGAUCCGGAGUGAAACAGUGCAACGGGAAGGGAACAGUGUUCGGGCCCGGUGACAAAAUCCCUGCCCAGGUAUACCCUGGUACCUAGAGGAAACGAUGAUGACGACGGCGGUGGCAGCCGCUUCGGCGACGAUGAUGGACUGGGACAUUGACAUAUUCAACCUGGACAUCGACGAGCACGCACUGGACUACAGCAUCCGGUCCAUCAUAUCGGACGACUCCAUUUUCAGCACCUUGCUGCUACAGUCCGCAAGCAACAUUACCGACAAUGAGCAAACAUCCUUCUCGUCUACGAGCUCAUUCUCGUCCUGUUGUUCGGAGUCAGAAUCCACAUCAUCGCCGUCCAUUAUAUCACCACAACUGGAUUCAUUGCUUCAGCUUCAUCCGGCAACAAUGAUGUCGACGACGACGACGCAGACGACGGCGACGGCGGCGACGACGACGAUCCUGAAACCGCACAAAUGCACGUCAGUUGGACCAUCGGAUACGGACGAUGACAAGUUGAGUGUGGAGCACGAUUCAGGAAACUCCGACGGGUCGUCAUCGCUGGAUUCUGAGGAGUCGUUUUCAGAGGCACUCCCCUCGGAGGAAUCCACCAACGGUAGCGACGCGGAAAACGAUGCUCCCGAGGAGAACCGUCCGUACAAGUGCGCCGAAUGUGGCAAAAGCUACACCCGGAAGCUGUAUCUGAUGCGUCACUACGUCCAGCAUACCCGGGAGCGACCGUAUCAGUGUGAAGUGUGCAGCAAGAGCUUUGCGUACGCCAGUUCGCUGUCCUCGCACCGGAAGCUACAUUUGGCCAGCGGCGAACAUCGGUGUGACCUCUGCGGGAAGAGCUUCAUGACCGAGGAUCUACUGGUGGCGCACAAAACCGCGGUCCACUACGGGGAGCGUCCCUACAAGUGCAAGCAAUGCAAGAAAACGUUCGUCCUGCUGCACGCGUACAAAGCCCACAAAAAGUGGCACCAGCAGUUUAGUCCGUACAAGUGUUCGAUCUGUGAUAGGGAAUUUGCGAAGAAAAUCAGUUUGAAGUGUCACCUGCGGGUUCACACCGGGGAAAAGCCCUUCACGUGCGACAUUUGUCACAAAAGCUUCACCCUUUCGUCUACGCUGUCCUCGCACAAGAAACUCCACGGUGAGAAACCGGCCCUGCAGUGCGAGACCUGCGGGAGAAUUUUCACGCAAGCCAGUGCACUGUCGACGCACAAGCAUCUGCACACGGAAGUUCGGCCGCACAGUUGUGAUUUGUGUGGGAAACGGUUCAUCCGGCUGCACGCGCUCAAGAUUCACAUCCGGACGCACUCGAACGAAAGGCCGCAUCGGUGCGAGCUCUGCCCGAAAACGUUUCUGGAGAAGCACGUGCUGAUUAGACAUCUCAAGACGCACACCGACGAGCGCCCGUACAGCUGCGACACCUGUGGCAAGGCGUUCAAGGAAAAGUAUGACCUCUUCCGGCACGUCCUGAUCCACUCCGGCCUGAGGCCCCACAAGUGCGACGUGUGUGCGAAAACUUUUGUGCAAUCCAACGCCUUGACCAAGCACCGGCGAAGCCACAAGGACAACGGCAAAGACGAUGAUGACGACGGCAAGAAGCAACAGAAGAAAACUUCCAUGGGCAGCCCAAGGAGCCCAGCUAUGAAGACGGCGGCGAUGAUGACGACGAUGGCAACCAGGACGAUAGUGGUUGGGCCAACUUCUCUGACGUCGGUGAUGAUGAUGCCAGCUGAGAAAGUCUAGUCCAAGAUUCAAGGAGGUGUUAUGAUUACACUCGAUUAUCAUACAUUUACAUGUGUAUAAGUGAGAUUUGAUAUCAAAGAAAAUAGUUGUAUGGCUUUGCGAAAAUAAAUGAAGAUGUUGCGCUGGGAAAAGUGUGUCUUUGUGAAAGGGAAGUGGGGGUGAGAGGAAAUGCUGGACCUAGUGUGAAGAGAAAUAUGAGCAAUGAUAGUUCAACUUCUGCACUGUAAGGAUGCAAUCUGGAAAUGAACUUCAGUAGGUGUCGAAGGUGUUGGGAGUUUGUAUAGAGUUGAAUGGCAUUGACGUCUGCUGGAAAUAGAUGAAAUUACAUAUCUUACUGAUUUUACAGCCAUGCACAAUGGUUUACGAACUAGACUUACACUCCCGAUCAAAAAUUUGAGGUCAACCCCUGAAACACAUGUCAU